AUGGAUAAAAUACCCAAAGAAACAGUGAAUUUGAGGCAUUGGAUAAACAACAAAGUUACAAAUCACAAAUGCCAAACUCCCCUCCACACCACUCCCCACCUCUCCCUCCUCCCCCGCCGCUCUCCCCACCUCCAAUUCUCCCUCCGCGCCUCCUCCGACCCCUCCGUCAUCGUCUCCGACAGCAAUGGCGUCGCAAUGUCCCCCUCCUCCGGCACCUCCGAUCUGAGCUCGAUCGAGGGGGACGCCGUGACGGAGGCAGAGCUCCGGGAGAACGGGUUCCGAAGCACGCGGAGGACGAAGAUAGUGUGCACCAUUGGGCCCGCGACGUGCGGUUUCUCGGAGCUUGAGGCUCUGGCGGUUGGGGGAAUGAACGUGGCGAGGAUCAACAUGUGCCACGGCACGAGGGAGUGGCACAAGGAGGUCAUCGAUCGCGUCAGGAGGCUCAACCACGAGAAAGGCUUCGCCGUCGCCAUCAUGAUGGACACUGAAGGCAGCGAGAUUCACAUGGGUGAUCUUGGUGGUGCUUCCUCUGCUAAAGCUGAGGAUGGUGAGGUAUGGACUUUCAGUGUAAGAGCCUUUAAUUCAACUCUUCCGGAACACACCAUCAAUGUGAACUACGAUGGUUUUGCUGAAGAUGUUAGAGUGGGCGAUGAACUUGUAGUUGAUGGAGGAAUGGUUAGGUUUGAGGUGAUCGAAAAGAUAGGCCCAGAUGUCAAGUGCCUUUGUACAGAUCCUGGGCUGUUGCUGCCAAGAGCCAAUUUGACAUUCUGGAGGAAUGGCAGUCUAGUACGUGAAAGGAAUGCCAUGCUACCGACAAUUUCUUCAAAGGAUUGGUUAGACAUUGAUUUUGGUAUUGCUGAGGGCGUUGAUUUUAUUGCUAUUUCAUUUGUCAAGUCUGCUGAAGUUAUUAAGCAUCUUAAAAGUUAUAUUGCUGCACGAUCUCGUGAUAGCGAUAUUUCUGUCAUUGCAAAGAUAGAAAGCACAGAUUCGCUGAAGAACUUGGAGGAGAUCAUUCAAGCAUCUGAUGGAGCUAUGGUGGCACGAGGAGACUUGGGUGCCCAAAUACCCUUAGAACAGGUUCCGGCUGCCCAACAGAGGAUUGUUCAACUUUGCAGGCAGAUGAAUAAGCCUGUCAUUGUUGCCUCUCAACUACUUGAAUCCAUGAUUGAGUACCCUACACCUACGAGAGCUGAAGUAGCAGAUGUUUCUGAAGCAGUCCGACAACGCGCUGAUGCAUUGAUGCUUUCUGGUGAGUCGGCCAUGGGACAGUAUCCUGAGAAGGCUUUAACUGUUUUAAGGAGUGUUAGCUUGAGAAUUGAAAAGUGGUGGAGGGAAGAGAAACGCUAUGAAGCUAUGAUACUUCCCUCAGUUGGGAAUUCAUUUGCAGAAAAAAUAUCUGAGGAGAUCUGCAUUUCUGCUGCAAAAAUGGCCAAUAAUUUAGAGGUGGAUGCUCUUUUUGUUUACACGAAGACUGGGCACAUGGCAUCUUUGUUAUCACGCUGCCGCCCUGAUUGCCCAAUAUUUGCUUUUACUACCACAACAUCCGUGCGAAGGCGUCUGAACCUCCAGUGGGGCCUGAUACCUUUCCGGCUGAGCUUCUCCGAUGAUAUGGAGAGCAAUCUCAAUAAAACCUUUUCGUUGCUUAAGGCCAGAAAUCUGAUCAAAUCAGGCGACCUUGUUAUCGCUGUCUCGGAUAUGUUCCAGUCAAUACAAGUUAUGAAUGUUCCUUAAGAACUCCGAAACAACGCUUCUCUCAACAUUUCCUGUUUAUAUUUCUAUGUCGUCCCGAAUUCAAAAACUUGUGAUGCUGCUAUAGAGGUCUGAUAUGGGAGCAGAAGCAACAUGCAGUGAAAUUCAAUUGUGUUUUAUGUCAUUUUAAUAAUGAGCUUGGAUUAGUGUUUCAAAAGAGUGCAACCAAAAACUUGGGAGAAUUUUGUGCUUUUUUGCUUAGUUGAGUUAUAUUGCAGUGCAUGUAGAGAGCAAUAUUUUACCCUUGUAAGGAACCUGAAGUUUUUGUAUGAUUGUAUCUAAUGUUAUAGUUACACUGUAGCAUUGCAUAAUUAAUAAAUAUUUCACUGUUGCCACUGUGGGCCUUGUCAGA